AUGUCAACGAAUCAGACCAAGAUUACCGGCUACUUCAAAAAGCAGUUCACCGACAAGAAGAAGGCACAGAAGAAAGCCGCCCCGACGCCGCCAAAAGACGGUUUGCCCAAGGCGAAGCGGCAAAAGUUGCAGCCGGGCAGUGAUGAUUCGAAGAAGAAGUACACAAAUGGAUCUCACAGGUACAUCAAACUCUACGAGAAAGAUGAUGCAAAGCAGACAACUCUGCCCUUUACAGCAGAGUCAAAAAGCACGGCUGGAACGAGCAAAGGAGGAAAGUCCAGCUCAUCACUUGACGCACAUGACUCUUCAACUGACCAGGAGGAGAAAUCUUGUCUAAGGCCUAAAAAGGCCAAAAAAGCCGCCGCUCCACGGGCGCCCUUUAUCAACCAAAAAUUCAGCACACCCAUUGAGGCGCUUCAAACGGUCUUCCAGUACAGCGGCUUUCGAAGUAAACUCCAGGAGGACUCGGUGAAGGAGGCCAUGAACCGGAGGCAUGACAUCUUCAUCUCCAUGCCCACUGGAGCUGGCAAGUCCUUGUGCUAUCAGCUGCCGGCCAUCUGCGAGGAAAGUAAAGUCACGAUUGUCAUUUCGCCUCUGUUGGCCCUGAUUGGCGAUCAGGUGUCGGCGCUGCUCAAUCGAAACAUCAACGCCGCGGCCUACAAUUCGCACACCAAGGCGGACGAUAAGAAACGCCUGAUGGGCGACCUGAUGUCGGACAGUGUGCAGGUGAAGCUGCUGUACAUCACCCCGGAGAUGGCCUCGAUGGAGGUGUUCGGCAACGUCAUCGGCCACCUCUACCGAAGCGACCAACUGGGGAGGAUCGUCGUCGACGAGGCGCACUGUGUCUCAGAGUGGGGCCACGACUUUCGCCCAAAGUACCUUGAACUGGGCGAGCUCAAGAAGGCCUUUCCCCAUGUCCCUUGGAUCGCCCUCACCGCCACUGCGCCGAUGAAGGUGAAGGACGACAUUCUGCGUCUGCUUCAGUUCCGCCAGCCUGUUCGCGAGUUUGUGCAGACCAACUUUCGGCCGAACAUUUACUACGAGGUGUACUUUAAGGAGGCCUACCCCAAGCCGCUGGAAGACCUGAAGGAGUUUGUCAUUUACCAGUUGGGCUCGCCUGAGCUGAUCAUGCAGUUCAACACCGGCGGCGGCGGCCUGCAGAACAUUUUUGCUGUUGCAGAUCUAAGCACGUCAAGGGCGCCCGUCGACCCGAAGGCAGUGGGCAUCAUCUACUGUCGAAAGCGGGAGCACUGCGACGAGAUUGCGCAAAUCAUCUCAAAGUGCGGCAUCAAGGCGGGCGCCUACCACGGCGGCCUGAACGAGAAGGCGCGCAGCAAGUGCCAGGUCGGCUGGAUGGAGGGCACCAUCAAGGUGAUCGUCGCCACCAUCAGCUUCGGCAUGGGCGUCGACAAGGCGGAGGUGCGCUUCGUGGUGCACUGGGACAUGCCGCAGUCGCUGGCGCGGUACUAUCAAGAGUCAGGACGGGCCGGUCGCGACGGCCUGCCCUCGAAGUGCCGCAUCUACUACUCGCCGGAGGACCGAAACUCCAUUGCCUUCCUCAUUCAGCAGGACCUCGAGGAGAAGAGGCGCAAAAAGCCGAACAGCAAACCCAACGACCAGUCGAUAAAGGACUUUGAGAAGAUGCUGGCGUACUGCGAGCAGACGGACCGGUGCCGCAACUCGAGGCUGCUCGCCGAGUUUAUCGGCGCUGAGAAGAGCGUCGUGGAGAAUGGCUGCAAGAGGUGCUGNCGAGCCGAAGGCGCUCAAGUCGCGACACUUUGA